AUGGAUCCUACGCUGCUCAUCGGUGAUAUUGUGGAGCGAGACGACAAAGCUGCAAAGCCAGUCGAGUUUCCCUCAGCCCCCAUCCCGGCGACCGGGUUUCCUCAGCACAAACGCCGAUGGAAAUCCUCAGCGUUCAAGCAGCAGCGAACCGGCGGUGCGCCGCAGUCCACCCAAGCGCAGGCACAAGAGCCAGCCCAGCCACAGUCCUUUGAGGAGGCCGAGAGACAGCGGAUAGACAGGGAGAACAGGCAAAAGAUUGACGACAUGACACCCCAGGAGAUAGCCAGGGCGCAAGAGGACCUCUUGAAUGGGCUGAACCCGGACCUCAUACAGCGGCUGCUUCAGAGAGCUACCAUUGAUGAGCCUGACCCGAAUUCGCCCUUCAACAUCCCCGAAUCUCGAGAACCACAGUCGACUUCAGCUUCUUCGCUACCGCCUCCCGAGAUUCGUGUAGACGACGCGCCAAAAGCCGCCACAGUCGAGGACGAGACUGCGGAUGUGGUCAAGCCAGAGUCGAAGACAGAGUCAAAACCCGCUCCCGCUCCUCCCCAGCCUACCGCUCAGACAAGGUCAACCAAGAAAAUACCCGACAAUUACGAUGAGGAUCAGGCUCCCGCUCAGAUUCCACCCGACCUCUUCCCCAUUACCGACCUCCCCAAGUCAACGCACUUCCCUGUACCACCGAGCCUCCCGGACCUGGACCCUUCCGAUCCCAACUUUCUCGCCACGCUACACGAAAAAUACUUCCCCAACCUGCCUGCCGAUCCCAGCAAGCUGGCUUGGAUGGCGCCCGUUCCUAGCCAAGACAGCCCUGCGGAUAAAGAUUCACCAUAUUAUCCUCAUCCCGAGAUCAGCGUCUCGGCGCUGCGGUUUGACUUCCGCGGCCGAUUCCUCUCGCCGCGAGUGAGCCGGUCGAUCCCCUCGUCCAAGGGGCUGCACCACCACGGAGAAGCUCCCGAAGCUGCCGGUUAUACCAUCGCAGAGCUCGCCAGGUUGGCAAGGAGCGCUGUGCCCGCGCAGCGUUGCAUAGCAUUUCAAACCCUGGGCCGCAUCCUGUAUCGCCUGGGGCGCGGCGAAUGGGGAACCACCCCAGAACACCCAAUUGCCAUGGGCGUCUGGAGCGCUGUCAAGGAGGGACGGGUCUUGGAGAGCCUAAACGAGGCAAGCAUGGCCGAAGGCGGGCACAGGGGUAGCAGGGCAUAUGCUGUGGAAGCCCUGUGGCUGUUUGAAAAGGGCGGGUGGCGCGAAAAGCUGCAAGUGAGGUGA